UUUUUAUAAGACGUUUUUAAGCAUCUUACGGAUAAUUUCUUGUGCUCUACUUUUGCUAUAAAGGGAAUUUCUAAUUUACCCUGUAAGGAAAUCAGUCACAAAAAUUGUUUUGAGACCCCUAACAAAAUUUGCUUGACAACUGCGAUAAGUCAUGUAAGUAUUUCCUGUGGGUCAUUGUUUAACCUAUACGUAUGUAAGGGACGAUUUAGACUAAUAUGACCCAAGAACAACCUGCAAAACAACGUUUUAAUAAAAUUGUCUUGGUUGCCUUUGGGGGUCCAUCCUCAUCAGGUAAAACCACAUCUGCUGCUGCUAUAAAGUCAUUAUUCAAACAUGCUAUAUUAAUUCAUUUAGAUGAUUUUUAUAUAGCAGAUUCAAAAAUUCCAAUAGAUUCAGCUACUGGUUAUCAAAACUGGGAUUGUCCAGAAGCUUUAGAUUUUAAUUUAUUUGAAAAUUAUUUAAAAAAAUUAAAGAGUGGACAGGGUUUAGAGGAGAAAUUAGAAUCAAGACAACCUUCAGUUGAUCUUAAAUUAAAUCAAGAAGAAGAACAACUAUUAUUGAAUAAGAUUCAGUUGAAAAUUCCUGAUUCUGAAACCACUUUAUUUAUAUUAGUCGAUGGAUUUAUGCUUUUUCAUGAUCCAAAGAUUUUAGAAUUAUUCGAUGUUAACUUAUUCUUUAGAGCAUCAUUUGAAACUCUUCGUGAUAGAAGAGAAUCUAGAGAUGGUUAUAAUACAGUUGAAGGAUUUUGGGUAGAUCCUCCUCAUUAUUUUGAGAAGAUUGUAUGGCCAGCUUUUGUACUGAGUCAUAAAUAUUUAUUUGAAAAUGAAGAUAUUAAUCUGAAAUUAUUAGAUAAUAUUAAAUCCUCAUAUAAACUUCAUGAUAUAAUUAAUGAGAAUGGAAGUAAUUUGAUUGAUCUUGUUGGUUGGUCUAUUGAUAAUAUAGCACAAGAUAUCAAUUAAUGUGGCAUUUUAUAUACAUUAGAAUUGUUAGACUUUUUGGGACUUUUAUUUCAUGCAUUUUCUUUUUUAAAUCUAUAUACAUAUAUGUUGUCUAUACUUUACCUUUAGAUUUCUUUGGUUUCUUGGAUACACUCUUCAUUUCACUUUCAUAAAUUUCAGAAGCAUUAGCAGUGGAUUUUCUCUUCUUUGCACUCUUAA